AUGGAAAACGACAAUGCAAGAUUUAGCUUCCAAGCGGACAAAUUCCCCCUGAAAGCCCGGAAGAUCUCUGCUCGAGACAUUAAGUAUGAAUGGCUCGGGGUGCCAAGCACCGUUACUAUUCGAUCAUCACCACUCACCGAUCCUCCCUUCAUUUACCCCAACUUUGACACCGAUGUCGAUCGGGACGGUCUUAUCCACGGCAGUCGAUGGGCUAUGCAGGCUCCGCUGGCUACACAUACAUUGCAGGAUUAA